AUGGCAUGUGUGGUUAUGCUUAUCGGAAUGCCUCUCGGUCGACGAAACUGCAUAAUAAUCGGUAAUGCGCUCAUUGUCAUUGGUGGUGUGAUACAGGCUGCAUCCUUUUCCGUCCCACAGAUCAUCGUGUCUAGAAUUCUUUGUGGAUUUGGGAUUGCAUUCAUUACGUGCAACGUCCCGAUGUAUAUGUCAGAGAUGAGCAUUGAUGCCCGCGAACGUGGUCCUGAGGUGGCCAUUAACUGUUCAUCUUUAAUCUUCGGCGUUGCGCUCUCAUACUGGGUGACAUUCGGCUUCACGAGAAUGACCAAUCAGGUUUCCUGGCGAAUUCCUGUCGCUAUUCAAGGCAUUCUGGGACUUCUAUCAGGAGUGACUAUGAUAUUUCUACCUGACACACCGAGAUGGUACUACGCACGGGACCGGAUUGAUGAAGGCGACAGAACACUUUCUCGGAUCUACGGUGUUUAUCGUACCGGCAUCAACAAUAGUAACGAUUUCGCAGAGAUCCGGGUCCUCAAAGCAAGUAUCAUGGAAAACUUCGAAGUGGAAGAGGAAUCGAGCAACCGUCUGACACUGUUGAGUUUAAUCUGGGAUAACACGCCGCUUCGUGUCGGUCGGCGAGUGCGGAUCUCGUUCAUCAUUCUCGCUAUCCAGCAAUCAAUGGGAAUCAAUAUACUGAUUUACUACAUGACACAAAUCUUCGAAGAUGUCGGACUAUCAAACUUCCUGGCUUCUUUGCUAGCGGCCAUCUCGUUGACCAUUCAAUGGGCUGGCUCCACACUUUGCAUUGUGACCAUUGAGCGCAUUGGUCGUCGAAGAAUUAUGCUGAUUUCGUCCGGCAUAGGAACGUGCUGCAUGCUUAUAUUCGUCGCGCUCAACUUGAUCGAGAAUAAGACUUUGGCCACUCAAUGGACUGCUGUGGCUAUUAUGUUUCCCUAUCUGUUUGUUUACGGAUGGGGUUGGGUGGGAUGCCCGUGGUUGUAUGGACCAGAGAUUGCCCCACUUCGAUACCGCCAUAUUGGAUCCGCAGCUGGAAUUCUCGGGGUGUUCCUGUUCACAUUCCUGACUGUUUUCGCGGGUGGUAUCGGACUCGAGACCGUUGGCGCGAGGAUUUGGGUUUGGCCUCUCGUCUUCAAUGUUGUCGCCUUUGUGUUCGUUUACUUCAUGUGCCCAGAUCCUACCAAUAAGACUCUGGAAGAAGUGGAUGCGCUGUUCGCCCAGGAUGAAGCAGUGCUUAAUCGCCUGAAUCACGCAGACCACGGCGAGGAUGAAAAGCCCGGCACGCAGCAAUUAGAAAACGCAGCCUAG